GCGGGGAUGCGCCCCGCGCCGAGCUGGUUCAGCUUCUUUCUUCUUCCGCACGGCCGGGGUUUCCGCUUCCCUCCCGGGCGCGGGGAGAGAGGGAGGCAGCCCGCGCCUCAGUCCUGCGCCGCCGCCAUGUGGCCCCCGGAUCCCGACCCGGACCCCGAGCCCGCGAGCGACUCCCGGGCCGGCGCCGCGGUCCCCGGGCUGCGCGCGCUGCUGCCGGCCCGCGCCUUCCUCUGCUCGCUCAAAGGCCGCCUCCUGCUGGCCGAGUCGGGUCUCUCCUUCGUCACUUUCAUCUGCUACGUGGUGUCCUCAGCAUCCGCCUUCCUCACAGUGCCUUUGCUGGAGUUCCUGCUGGCCCUCUACUUCCUCUUUGCUGAUGCCAUGCAGCUGAAUGACAAGUGGCAGGGCUUAUGCUGGCCCAUGAUGGACUUCCUGCGCUGUGUCACUGCUGCCCUCAUCUAUUUCGUCAUCUCCAUCACAGCUGUCGCCAAAUACUCGGAUGGGUCUUACAAAGCAGCCGGGGUUUUUGGCUUCUUUGCCACCAUUGUGUUUGCAGUUGACUUCUACUUGAUCUUCAACCAAGUGGCCAAAUUCCUCAAGCAAGGAGACUCUGCUGGCACAGAGGAAACCACAGCCCACAGGGCAGAAGAGGAGAAUUCCGACUCCGACUCUGACUGAGGGCCUGCUCACCUGGCAACCUGAGCCACCUGGGGCUCUGGCACCUGCACCUUCCUGACACAGCUGCUGGAAGCCUGGCCAGGGACACUGUGUGAUGGGGGGAGGCUGCCCACCUGGGCCUUCCCACAGGUUCCAUCCUCAGCCCAACAUUUAAGACUGCACCCUCUGGCUUGGCACAGCUAACCCACUCCGUGUGCCGGACAUCUUGGAUACCCUACUUCUCCCCUUUUCUGUCACACAGACCUUAAGCCCUUUAACCCUGCUGCCAAGAUCAAGAAUGGGAAUACAACAGCGGGCCUCAGUAUCCAGCCUGCCACACCACACAGCUUGUGCUGCAAGGUUGGGCAGGGUGGGGGACGCCUGCGUCUCACUAAUAGCCCCUACAGUCUCUUCUGCAUGGGUGCCACUGCUUAUGCUGGCACUUUUUGAGUACAACACUUCUAGGAAUCUUGGUUCCAGGAGCAAAAGCAGGGAGAAACUGACCUUGACCUUACUGUCUAGGCAUGGGUCUCAGCACCCACACCUGACACCUCACACCCCAGAAACCACAUCUUCUUCAGAUGAGAUGACUAGUCUGGGUCUAAGACUAUUUCAGAGAAGAGCUCAUAGACUCACUGGCUAGGGCCAGUAGGCAGAGGGAGCCAGUCAGUGACUGUGGCUCGGCAGCUGGGCGGGCCCAGCUAAGCCUUUUCCUCUUCCUGAAGGCCAGAGUUCUCAGGAUCCUGAAGGCCAUGUGCUUCCUUGUGGAUACCAACCGCCUCCUGAGAGAUGAGACAAGCCUUCUGCAUCCACCUAAGGACUUAUAUUUCUUAUGUAUCUUUGAUAGGUUUUGUAGCUUUUUAUAGUUGUUUUUUUAUAUAUAUAUACACACAAAAGCAGCUUAACAAAUGAUACUUUCUGUGACCGAAGAGGCCCUAUGAAUGAGCCGGAGUUCUGGGCCCAUGUUUUGGGCAUUUGUUACUUUAUUCUUGCAUGUGAAUCUCCUACCCUGAAAAAGCCAUAAUGGAUUAAACCAGACUGACUACCUA